AUGUGGCCGCGGCGGAGCGUCCUGGGGGCGUGCCUGUCGCUGGCCGCCUCUCAAGGGAUGAUGCGUCCUCCGGACGGGCGGUGCGAUGGGGGAGCGGCAUAUGACGGGUUUGCUGACACUUAUGACGACCUCAAUGGUGGCUCCCUGCCUGAGCUGCUGGGCCUCACCAAACUUCGUAGGAGAGCUUGCGCAGAGGCCAGUGGGCACGUUUUGGAGGUGGGCGCAGGUACAGGCCUCAACCUUCCGUGGUACGACCAACGCGCCGUCGUUGACCUCGUGUCGCUGGAUGAGUCAUCUGAGAUGCUGGGCGUCGCGGGGAGGCGGGCUGCACAGCUGGGCCUGUCCGAUUGGGUCACAUUUCAAAAGGGCGACGCUGCACACCUGCCGUUCAGUGACGGAACCUUUGACACUGUGCUUGACACGUUUUCGCUGUGCGUCUUUUCGGAACCCGUUGCUGUGCUAAAGGAGAUGCGGAGGGUCCUCAAGCCUGGCGGGCUGCUGCUGCUGCUGGAGCACACCCGGAGCACCAAUGCCCUGCUGGGCGCCUACCAGGACGUCACCACAGGUCCCGUGUCAUUGACUUCUAAAGGGUGCGUCUGGAGUCAAGACGUGCCAGCACUCCUGAGAGCUGCGGGAGUUCAAAUAUCGCGCAGCGAACCCGCUUUGGGAGGUUUGGUGGCGCUGUUCAGAGGGCGUUAG